CCGUUCUUCAUUCUAUGCAAAAAAAAAAAAACAGUCUACCCCAUGUUCAACACGGCCAGCCGAACUUCAUUCCUGCGCGUGCAAAACGAGUCGUAAAAAACCUCGGCGCUUCUUCCUCUUGGACCGGCCGGCCGGUAUAUAUAGGAGCGCCUGGAGCUGGCGCUGUGUGCGUCGCCACUUGCAACUCGACCGACCACCAGAGCAGCAGUAGACUCACAGCUCACUCACCGUGUCUCACACUCUCACACGUACCGAUCGAGCGGAAGCAAACAAAGCACACGUACGGGGUCGUCGAGAGAGGAUCGGAAUCGGAUGGCGUUCAUGCGGUACCGCGCGCUGCCGCAGGGGGAGCUGACGGUGGAGGGGUUCCGGGCGUGGCUGGCGCAGUUCGACGCGGACCGCGACGGCCGGAUCAGCAGGGAGGAGCUGCAGCACGCGCUGCGCAGCCUCAACGUGUGGUUCGCGUGGUGGAAGGCCCGGGGCGCCGUGCGCGCCGCCGACGCCGACCGCGACGGCGGCGUGCAGCUCAUCGGGGAGGACGAGGUGGCCCGCCUCUUCGCCUUCGCGCAGACCCACCUCCACGUCAAGAUCGCCCAGCUUGGGUACUAACUGCUCAUGGAUGGAUAUGAUCUAUGAUCGAUCGGCCAGUAAUAACUUGGAGCAUGCCCGUGGGCCGUGUCAAGUCUGUAAUCUGUAUGGAUUGGAUUGGAUGUGAUGUGAUGUUAUUUUUCCUUUUUCAAUCCUCGUGGAUGUGUGUUGUUGUUACUUAUUAAACGUUGUACGGGGGCUUUUCAAAUUAAUGUCUUGUAGUAACUUCAAUUUGUGGAUGGUAACUCUAAUUUGUGGAGAUA